AUGGUUCCAAAUGCGCCAUCUACGGGUGGCGUUACCUUAUCCACUAAAGAUGUUUCUUGCUUACUCCAUCCGUCCGUUACGGAGGCAGGGCAUAAUGUCGAUUUUGUCCAAGAACGUGGGAAAUGUGAUUUAGAGGCACACAGCAAUCUAGAUUUCAAGCAUACUUCUACACUUUCUAAUCAUGAAGCCUUGUUGUAUGAUCGGCAAAUUAGACUUUGGGGAAUAGAAGCACAACGAAAAAUGAUGGAUGCAAGUAUAAUGUUUUUAGGCAAAAAUGGAAUCCAAGAGGAGGCGAUAAAAAAUUUGCUACUCGCAGGCAUGAAUGUAACUCUCGCCAACGAUCUGCUGGUAACUGAACAAGAUGUGAAACACAGUUUUUUCUUAAUGGAGUCCGAUGUGGGCAGCAACCAUGCCGAAGCUUUGGUGCAUAGGUUGCGUGAAAUGAUUUUAGAUAAAAACAAGGUCGAAUCAAUUAACAACGGAAUGGUAAAAGACAUUUAUGUGGAAGGUACACAAACAUAUGAAAUGGACGAUGUACUAUUGGCACGUUACGACGCCGUAGUGUUUGCUGUGGAAACCUAUCCUCUGACAAAAAUGGUGAGUGCAAAACCGAUGUACCUGUUUGAAUUGAUAAACGUAUACAACAAUUCUACGCAACAGUCAAAGCGUAUUGUUAUGCCCCGAUUUCCAAGGAACUGUGACACGUCGAUUAAAACCAUUGUGGCAUAUCUGCUGAUACAAAGCUGGUGCCCAGCAGUCAUCACUGAUACAUACACAAUUACACGUAUUAUGCAUCAGGUGGAAGACAUUUGUCAUGUUGUUGAGGCUAACGUCGAUGAAGUGUUAACCUUCUUUGAAACGCAGGGAAAGCACUGCGCCAUCACGAGCGGCGUUCUAGGUGGAUAUCUAGCACUGGAGAUAAGGAAGUUUGUCACCAAGCAACACGAAACAAUCCCUAGCUUGUGUGUAUUUGAUAUGUCAAGAUCCGCGCGCGAUGGAAACAGUUGGUGGGCCAAAAUGAAAUCAACAUCGUUUUUGCAACUCGUUUUGACGAUUACCUUCUCAACCACGCCUAUCCCAGCUCUGAGGCUUCUAAAAAGGUCUAAUACUGUUUGUUGUGGUAGCUAUUUGUGUACGAAUCCUGCAAGUACCGUGUCUGAUGGCAAUUUCGGUACAAGCUCGACCCAUGAUGGCAAAAUUUAUGGCGACCAAAAUGUUCAAAAUUACCGUAGUUGCUUUCUUUAUAACACCAAACACGGUGCUCAUUCUGACAGGGCUGCACGAAUAACUGGGCUUUCAUCACGCGAUAAAGGAAAAGAAGUUGACGAAGUAUUUCGAACGUUAUGCAGCUCUCUCAAAUCCAAGAAGACCACCUUCAUUGAUCUUCAACAUCGUCUACAGGCUGCAGGUAUUACCCUUGAAGGUUGCAAGACUCCUGAAGAUGUCGUCCUAAGAGUGGCGAAGCUUGAGGUGCUCGGGAAAGAACGUGUGGCGGAUGAAAUAUGUAAAUCCAAUCCCACGUUCCAAACCCUCUUGAAUGAUGUACUAACCGGCAACAUAACCGCUUAUAGUAGAAAAAAUGAUAGAGACAGGGUACAGUAUAUACAAAAGAUGAAGGACACCCUCAAUGCGAAGAACAUAGCCUUCGAUCCGAACGGUACUGACGACGAGAUCAUAAAACUUGUCUCUGAAGUUGAAUCUCGGGAUAUGAUUGCAUUUCAAGUGCCUUCCACAAAGCCAUGCAACGAAAUGAGUCAACGUAUAGACUCGUACAAAGAUGAAGCCGAUUCCAUUUUUGCCGUUUAUAAGCGCAUCAAGGAUGAUAGAAUACGUAACUAUUUCAUAUCUCAAGUGAAGGAUGAACUGCAAUCGCUUUCGGUAGACUACAACGAUUGCAAAAAGGAUGAGGAUUAUAUCAAUAGACUUGCUUAUGGCAGAGUAUUUCCAAGCGAAGUAAAACUUAGUACUGGGCCACACAAUGCGGCAUCGAACCACUCCGCAUACGUACCGUCUGAUGAUGUGGGUAUUGAUGAUUUUGAUCCAUUCAGUGCUAUGUUUGGCCUAGGUGGUGCGCAGGGACUUUUCGAUAUAAAUGAUGGUAUCUUCGAUAAUACUUCUGGGAUGUCUAGCAUAUUCGAGGAGGAUGGAUCGAUGGGCGGAGGUUUUUCUAUACUUAAAGACAUCGCAAAAAUGUUUGGUGUGAAUCUAGGAAACGAUAAAAAAAAUAAAAUCGUCUUCGAACAUCAAGAUUUGCCCGGUGCCAGUCAAGCACGUGAAUCUACGGAUGAUAUUAUGCCCACUGAACAGGAACCAGAUCACGAAUUGCAAGACGCAUUUGUUAAAGUAAAGGAUAGCAAAGAUCAAGUUCUUUUACAAUUGCUCACCAAAUCUGCAAAGGACCCGACGCUGCGUAAGGCCCUGAAAAUAGCAUUUUCUGAUGGUUAUGAAACAGCGCGUGAACGUUAUAUAAACGAUAAGUCGGCCUUGUACAUUCUGGAAAAGUUCCAUGAACGUGGGAUGUUUUAG